CCCUCAGAGGUCCUUUGAAUGCAUGUGGCGGGAUAAUGGAGGCUGCAGUCUGACAGCUCCGGACGCUUCAGGACUUUGUUCCCGCGCUGAAGACUCUCCAUGUCCGCACACGACGGCAUGUUCUCUGCAGAGCAGAGCUGCUGGUUUGUCCGCAAGGUGAUCUGCUGGAGAGCUGCGGCCAGCGUUGCUUGGGCCGUCCUGUUGUUGCCGCCCAUCACGGCGGCGUUCGUGAUCCUCAGCAGGUUCAGUCUCCUCCACCCCAUCCAGACGAUAUCGGAAUGCCUGUCCCUCCUGACGAGCGCGAGUGCCGUCUUCUCGUUAAUCCUGCUGUGCGGAGUGAUCCUCGUGGUCGGGUUCCUGAACCUGGAGUAUUACACGGUCAUCCCGACUAUUGCAUGCUCAAAAAUCGCCCUGCUGGGUCAGCUGCUCCACCCUCGUCAGCUUCUCAACUCCCUGGUCCACAGCAUCAUGGGGAUGAUCGUGGCUUGGUGCUGUGCCAUCACCAUCGGGGGAAGAUACGAGACACUGGGCUACCCUUGCCCACAGAGUGACGGCAGCGACGGCUCGCCUCAGAUGUGUCUGAAUGAGUAUCACCUCGCCCUUCUGCUGGCCGGAGCCUUUGUUGGAUUCUCUCACAGCCUGCUGGGCGUGAUCCACAACAUGAACUACGUCUCUUUCCACACUGUUCAGCAAUACAAAUACCUCCGCUUUAAGGGGUCCCUACCUUUGGUGGUGAAGUGCAGCGCCACUCAAGCUCUUUACUCCAUCAGGAACUACAUCGUCGUGUAUUUCUUUCUGGGCUACAUCCCAAAAGCGUGGCUCUGUAAAACGCUGAAUCUGGAUUCGAACAGCUCUGUCCACCCUCUUGACAGCAUAGCCGGACUGCUGGACCUCACCCUGCUCUACCACAUGUGGAUCAGCGCCAGCUUCCUCCUCUUCACGUGGCACAUCACGCUGCUGCUCUUUAGGAUCUUUGUCACAGAGGUGUACAGUUUUCCUGUGCAGUCAUCUUUUACUGAGGAUGCCCACCAGUGUCUCUCUAAAGUUCUUGCAGACAAGCAGCCGAUGAUAUUGAAGUUUCUAGCUCUGCAGGACUUGGCUCUGCUGUCUCAACACUCCCCAUCACGGCGCGGUGAGGUGUUCAGUCUAAGUCAACCAGGCGGCCAUCCUCACAACUGGAACGCCAUCAGCAGGGAGUGUCUGUCUCUGCUGACCGAUCUGACCCAGAGGCUCGUCAUCUAUCACGACACCGUGGCAACCAACGGCAGGGCCAAAUCGCUGUCUACCGGGAGCGAGCGGAAGAGUUCAUCCGAGACGUCAGUAACCUCAGGCACGGACGACCUGAUGAGCCCGAGACCCGCGUUUCUGUUGAAGACUCCGGCUUCGGUCUUCGCACGCUCCGUCGUCGGCAGCCCAAAGAGCCCUCUGACGGCACCGUUCACCCCCGACCUGGACAGCCCCUUUGCUUCUCCCGCCCUGCGCCGCCUCACCGCUCCUGUGGAACAAUGCUCGCCGUGGUUCGGCACGGUGCAGAGCCCACACGUCAUGAGGAGAGUGCCAAAACUCUGGUCCGCCUCCACAGAUUCACAGAUCAACGGCAGUCCCCAGUCCUCCCCGGCCUCGGUUCCCAGUCCCAAGCAAGAAGCAUCCAAACCAAGUCUCCUGGCUCAGUUCCUCCAGAACCGGAAAGAACAGGUUAAAAAUUUCUUGGCAAAGCGGGUGCUGAUAAUGUAUUUGUUUAACAAGCUUCCAGAAGCCUCCAGCCAAGCUCUGUUCGCAGACAGCCAGGCUCACAUCUGGGCUUUAGAAGGACUGUCUUACCUCGUUCAAGCCUCCUUCUCAGAAGACCAGUUUGGAGUAGUACAGACCACGUUACCCAGCAUUCUCAGCUCCAUGCUGGUCUUACAAGAGGCAGUCGAUCGACACUUCAAGCUGCCUCACGCCUCCAGUAAACCCGUCAGGUCGAGCGGCAGCAUGGGAGACUCCACGCACAAGACGCUGCGCUUCGCCCUCAGGGCCACGCUCAAGACCGCCAUCUACAGGAUAACGACGACUUUCGGAGAUCACUUAAAAGCUAUCCAGAUGUCCGCAGAGCACCGGAAGAGAUUGCAGCAGUUUCUGGAGUACAAGGAGUAAAACACAGCGACGCUCGGCUCUCCUGCGCCUUCAGAUUCUUAUCGGUGUGAUUUGUGUGUACGCGCGCACACGAGCAUGAAUAAGGCAACAAGUGAAAGCCUCAUGACCGUGCCUCUUUUAAUAUUUAUAUCUGCACCAUGUCAUGGCGGAUUGUAUUUGAUAGGCUAGAUCACAUCUCCUACACGCUUGAGGUGAAGCAGGGGGGAAGCCCCGGCCGAUAAACUGAGACAUGUUGGAAGAGCUUUACCGCCUGCGUCUGGGAGAACGAGACUGAGCGACUCGUUCCAAACAUGUUUGUUUCAUUUGUAUCAUGAGAAAAUCAAGUUUUAAUUGGGGAUGAGUCGUAAAUUCUUCUGGUUUCAUAUUUCAUCUCUCUGCUGUCCUCUUGAAAUACAACUUUGUGAUUUCUUCGGUGCAACGAGCGAGAUGGCACGAUAUGUCAGAGCAGUGAGAAAGAGGCUGUUUGUGUUUAUGAGACGUCUUCGGUUUCUCGGGUGUCCCGGGAUGUGUUUCUGAAAUGUAUUUUCACAGAUCUGGUUUUGUUCUAGACACCAGCUUUGGAGAGCCAGCGGACAGCCGUGCACAUCGGGUUCAGGCUCUCUAACUAGAAAAUACACCACAAUCAGAUUUACGGAGCAGACACCUCUGUUUGUCAAGUAUUUGUUCUGUUUUUGUUUGACGGCGUUGUUCAUGUCAGAUAAAGAAUGGAGUUGUGACUGGUAGUAAAUGCAGAUAAAAUGUUUUGAAUUCCCACUCAAAGACCUGUCAAAUAAAAAUGUUUUGUAAAGAUA